GCACACUAGGUUACUCAAAGCAAAUGCGUCCGGAAGCCAGUGCUAAAGACCAUUUUACCUUUCCAAUCCUCAGUAUCUCGUAACAGUGUGGUAAGAGUCGCGCUUAAUAACAGUGAAGUUCUGCAUCCUGGAUGAUCCACAUGGGAGUGAAUCAGCGGUUAAAAGAAAGUUAAUCAAUAUCAUCGGUCAUGAGAAGAAAACUUGGCUAGAAAACAUAGUGGACCGUGAGCAGUACGCCGCAUAGUACUAGCAUCAGGAUGCUUCUUAAACCAGGGGAAUGAUCUAAUGCUGCGUAUACACUACGCGUUUGAAAAGAGCAAGACAAACUGCGGAUGUUUAAUAUGAUCAAAGCAGACCCAUAGCGUUAGAAUACGUUAUGAAAAGACUGCAAGUCUUAUUGCAUUUGUGAUCUGUUGAGAUCAUUUAUGUGGGACAACAAUAAUAUAUUUUCCUCUGCUUUCUUGCUAACUGAAUAUUGUUGUUUUACAAAGCAAACAAACGGCGCGAACAAACGAACACCUGAGUGACGUCACGAUCGACCAGAGCCCCACCUGUCUAAAUUAACGGUUGGUGUUGAUUGGUUGUGACAUUUAGAGUGCGAUUAACGGGCACUCCAUGCUGGUGGACUUAGAUUAACAUUUAACCCACAGGACAACGGGGACACAACACGGACUAUAGUUAAGAAGGUACAGCUGAAACUGAAACCAGAACUUAGAACCAUGCUCACCGCAGCAACGCUUCUCGCCACUUUCCUCUCCCUCAUCACAGCUACCUUCGCCGCUACUACUGUGGCUGUCAGUACUUCCCCAGACGCAACAUCAGGUCUGUUAGAGGGGGCAGACGCACAGCUCCGAUGUUUUGUAAACCUGGACCUGACGGACUAUGAUCUUAAAGUAAAAUGGGUUAAAGAAGUGGAUGGGGUCGAAACCGUCAUUACAUCUAAUGGCGACUUACUGGUAUCUAACUCCAGAUACUCCGUUCAUAGAACAGUUGGAGAAGGAUUACAAGGGAUUCUCGACAGAGGCUAUUAUCUUAACAUAUCAGGCGUCAAGGCCGUUGAUGCGGGAAGUUAUUUUUGCAAGGCUGGACCGAGAGUGAUACAAACAGUGCUUAGGGUCCUAGCACCAAUCUCAAAUUUAACAAUGGCAUCGUACAGCAAUGGAGAGACUGUUACAGUGGACGCAGGGACGACACUGGACCUAAGUUGCACCGCUAUGGGCAGCACGACAAGGCCUGACCUAGAGGUAUACGUGGGCGAAACCGCCGUGACCAAACAGUUCUCAAUUUACCAGGCCGCAGUGGCAUUCCAGGAUGAAGGUUUGACAGGAUCCACGUACACUGCGACUAUUAGCAACCCAACGUACCCUAUCAACCGUAGGGACAACGGAAAACGUCUGGCAUGUAAAGCAACAGUGGAAAGGUUUCCUGUGCAAACGUAUUAUAUUGAGCUGGACGUUAAAUUUCCCCCAAAAGUAAACUGCGAAUCCGACAAACAAGCAAUAAGAGGAGACAGCGGAAUGAAAGUUGUUUGUCGUAUGACGGCUAAUCCAAACCCUACCGAAAUAUACUGGUCCUUGCCAACUGAUGGAGAGACAGUAGGAGCACAAGAAAUGAAAAAUGGGUUGGUGGCAACAAAAAACCUGAAUGGUGAUAUCACAGAAUUUGUACUAAAUAUUGACAAAAUAGACAAAAGUCAUUUUGGUGAAUACACUAUUUAUGUGAAAAAUGAAAAAGGAGAUGACAUGGGGAGAAUAUCCAUACUGGAAGGUAAUACACCAAAUGGACAGACAUCAUCAGGCUAUCAGUUCCUUCCACAUUCUCAUCUACAACUUGUUCUUCUACUCGUGACUGUAAUGUUAAGGUUAAGCCAUCAAGGCUGAUCAAUACUUUGAGCUGUAGUUCAACUUGAAAACAUGGAGGAAAUGCUAAUCCAUUUACAUGGGAAUAAGUUAUUCAAAGGUUCAUAAUUGCCAGAGAAACUUUUCAAGACAUCAACUCCCACCUAAACACGUACGGUCUUGACAGACUGCAGUACUUUAAAUCAAAUUACAUUAUCAGCUUGGAUAUAAACAGUGGAAAUUAAAGUGCUUCGAAAAAAGAAGCGUAAAAGCUAGAGAUUAUUAGGCAACUAUCUUUGCAUAAUUUUCUGAGUUGAAUUUUCCAUUUUUUUCAAUUUAGGUGGUCAGAGGUAGAUAUGUGAUAUGCCAUAGAUUUGAGAAGCAAAACAGGAUGAAAAGUAAUUUUUAAAAAUUCUCAUUGUAAUAUAGAUAUGACAUGAACCCUUUCAUCCAAUAAGGCUUGUGGUUUUAAUUUAUAUUCAAUUUACAGCUGACCAACUGACAGUAUUGGUCUUUAAAAUCGAACAUCUUUAAUCCUUUAGAUUACACACUAGGCCUUCCAGCAAUAGAUCCAACUUGUCUCAAGGAAACUGUCUUUAACUGUAGGAUAUACACCUACCUAAGCAUAUGACUGCUUCCAGAUAGUUCUGCAGGUCAGGAACGUUUUUAAAUUGAAAUUGAAGAUGUACAAUCAAGCUAUGCAAAGAGCUUUACAAAACUAAGCCCCUAGAAAAAAAUUGGUGUAUAUUGAAGAAAUUAAGUGAAGUGAUCAAGAUAUGAAUUAUGAAAAUGACACAUUUCGGCAGUAUACCACCAUUUAAUGCAAUGUGGAUGUUAUGGGUCCUACAACAUUUUUCAUAUGUCUUUUAGUCAUUUGGGUUUUGACAUAUGUCAUCACCAUGUGAAAAUCAUUAAUUAUAUUAAAUAAUGUGUUUGCUUCAGUGACCUGGUAGGAAAGGGUUAAUUCUAAUCUUUAUGUUAGAUCGAAAUAACAUGUUUUCAUCAAUACUUUGCCCACAGGAGAUAACCGAUAUUGUAGUGAUACACUUAACAUUUCGAAAGCCUCUGCUGACCCAACAGAAUAUCACAUCUUGAUUGCCACUGCAUUCUAGCAAAGCUUUCAUAUCUCAUGUAAUGUAAAAGGACAAUUAUGAAAGAUCUGAGUAUGUGAUUUAAAAAUUAUUUAUGUAAAUUCUUUUCAUUUCACCAAUGGGGAGAUUUUAAAAUCUCACAAGGCAUCUGAUAAAUAUUAUGUUGUCACAUUUAUAUUAAUAGAUAUCUUUAGAUAUCUUAGAGGUAAUUUCAGCUUAAGACCAGCACCUGAAUGAUGUCAGUCAUCAGUUGUUCAUACCUUUGUAUGUAGAGAAAUAUACUCAUAUUAACAGAGAUGGAACCCUGUAAACUCAUAGAUACAUGAAUAUUCAUCCACCAUUUCACUAAGCAAGGUGGCACAAGUAGACUUGCAUUUAAAAAUGCAUGUUAAAUAAUCAUGGAAAGCUUUAUCAUCAUCUAUGAUUAAACUCUUGUUGUUUCCUUGAAAUUAAUAAUAAUGAAAAUCAAUAAAUAAUAUAUUUGAGAAAAACUAGCUUGUGAUUGCUUAUAUUAAGUACAGUAACUGUGCAUAAUGAAAUGGCUGUUCCUUCUAGAUUGUAAAAUAGAGUAAUUCAGGUCAUAUGUGGAACACCUGGUGGGAAAAGGAGUACAUGUUUGCCCUCAGCAAAUAGUUGUUGAAGUAUACCUGCGGGCAUGUGGGAGCUUUAUAGCACAAAAGGAUAAUAAUGAUUUCAUAUUCCCUUCUUAAUAACAUGAGAGUUCACUUAAAAAUUCUACUAGGUGACCUACUUGGGAGGGAACAAACUGGCCACACUAGCUGUAACCAAGAUCAUGUCGAACUUAAACUUAGACAAGGGAUCAAAGAUGAUUUUUUAUUGUUCCCACAUGUCAGAUGUUGUGAAAAUGUCUGUGGUUUUCUCAGAUGCACAACUGUAAACUGUUUAAAUGUCAGUGAUGUUUUUGUACCAUUUUUUACAUCUUCUACCUAGUUUUAUAUUAUCAUUUCGUCAAUUAAUAGUAUUGACAUUUGCACAUGCCAUAUUACAUAUUAGUUGCUCAUCUGAUCUAGCUAAGGUAGUUUAGUAUAAGUUUUAAGACAGACAAUGUAAUUUUGCUUUUGUACAUAUCCUGUAUUUUUAAGUCUGGACUUAUGAAAUGUGAAUGUGAUAGAAUAAAAGUAAUGAUCUCUAUAAUCGGUAGAUCUGUUCUUUUCUAAAUGUGCAUGCAAAUCUACUUGGGAAUUACAGACCUUUGAUUAAUACAUACUAAAUAAAAUACAACCAUAAUUAAAUCCAUAUUUCUUCAGUAUUAAGUGGAGAGACUAUUUGAACCUCAUACCAUUUGGCCAUUCAUAUGUACUGUGGCCAUAAUUACCCUGUUUACAGAAAAAAAGUAUUGAGAUUUGAAAGAAGCAUUUGGCAUUUGGUCAAUUAAUUUGAUUUUGAAUUCCUUAGAGUCACACAGGCAUAUCUUGGUAAAGAUUUUGUAAAUUUGUGGCUUAAAUGAUCGAUUUUGAAACUAGCACAAAUACCUUACUGAAAAAAUUAUUGUAGAAGAUGGUGUGCACAAAGACCAAACAAAAUACCUAUCUAUCUAUGCAUAUCAAUCAUAGCAAUAAUGUUUUCAAUAAAAUGUCAAUUGGUAAUUGAUAAUUAAAAUCUAUAAAGGGAGGUUUAAAACAGCAUCUCAAAAUUUAUCAAGCCAUCAUUCACAGUCAAUCACAUAAGAACGUGCAUUUUAUCUACUUUAAUUAAAUUAUAA